AUGAACGAUUUAGGUAAUAUUGAUGAAAACAGUUCAGUUUCUUCAAAUUCUGAUAAUGGAUCAGAUUGUUCAAAUUUUGAAUUAGAAAAUGUAGAAUUCAAUAACUUAUUUUUAACUUCUGAAUCAAACUCAAAGAACGAUGGUACAUUUUGUCUACCAAAACAUAUGCUUUGUUGUGCUCACACGUUAAAUUUAAUUGCAGCAAGUGACAUUUCAAAAAUGUCUGAUAACAAUUAUAACAAAAUAUCCAAAUCUAACCUAACCUUAGCAAGUCGAAGUACCGCAGCAUCUGAUAAAGUGUAUGAUAUUUGUAAGUGCAAGUUUCCAGUUCCAGUAGUGACUCGGUGUAAUUCAUUACAUUAUGAUGCAACCCAAAAAAUUUUAGAUCACAAACUAAACAUAGAAAUAAUAGUUGAACAGUUACAUUUGCCCAAAUUGAAAAAUAAUGAGUGGGGGUUCAUAAAUGAAUAUUGUAAGGUUAUGAAACCAUUGGCCUUUUCAUUAGACAAGUUGCAAGGUGAAACAAAAAGUUUCUUGGGAUAUGUGGCUCCCACUAUAUUAGUGUUAAGAAAGUUAUUGAUACUGAAUCAAUCUGAACAGUUAAUAUAUUGUAAACCUUUGAGUCUUACAAUUAUAAAUUCUCUAGAGAAGAUUUCAACACAUUUCAACUGA